AUGGACAGAACACCUGUGGUUGUCAUGUACCAGAAGUUCAUUGAUAUGUUCUAUAGGGAAUCUCCGGUGGACUGCAGCGUUAGCAAAUGCAACAAGUUGGUUGCUGCGGGGACAGAGUCCAACCCCUUGAAUUAUGGCACCUACAUGGAUGAAAAGAACGGUCCUCCUCCCCCCAACAUGACAACCAAUGAAAGGAGAGUCAUUGUCCCAGCAGAUCCCACAUUAUGGACCCAGGAACAUGUCCACCAGUGGCUGGAGUGGGCCAUAAAAGAAUACGGUUUGAUGGAGAUUGACACCAAUCUUUUCCAGAACAUGGAUGGCAAGGAGCUGUGCAAAAUGAAUAAGGACGAUUUCCUCCGGGCCACCUCUCUCUACAACACGGAAGUCCUGCUGUCUCACCUCAGUUACCUCAGGGAAAGUAGCUCAUUGCUGUCUUACAACACACCAGCCCACACAGAGCCUUCCUCACGACUCAGCACCAAAGAAGAUCCCUCUUACGAUGCUGUCAGGAGAUCAGGAUGGGGCAAUAACAUGAAUUCCAGCCACAACAAAAGUCCACCGUUAGGAGGGACACAAAAUGUGAGCAAAAAUCCAGAGCAGCAGCGGCCUCAGCCAGAUCCUUACCAGAUUUUAGGACCAACCAGCAGUCGUUUAGCUAAUCCAGGGAGCGGACAGAUCCAGCUAUGGCAGUUUCUACUGGAGUUACUGUCAGAUAGCUCCAAUGCCAGCUGCAUCACAUGGGAAGGAACUAAUGGGGAAUUCAAGAUGACGGACCCCGACGAGGUGGCCAGGCGUUGGGGAGAACGCAAGAGCAAGCCCAACAUGAAUUAUGACAAGCUGAGCCGAGCCCUCCGAUACUACUAUGACAAGAACAUCAUGACCAAAGUACAUGGCAAGAGGUACGCCUAUAAGUUUGACUUUCACGGCAUUGCUCAAGCUCUUCAGCCUCACCCAACUGAGUCGUCAAUGUACAAGUAUCCGUCGGAUCUGCCCUAUAUGCCUUCGUAUCAUGCGCACCAGCAGAAAGUGAACUUUGUGCCUCCACAUCCUUCCUCUAUGCCCGUCACUUCCUCCAGUUUCUUUGGAGCUGCGUCACCGUAUUGGACUUCCCCCACGGGAAGCAUAUACCCCAAUCCGAACGUACCGCGUCAUCCAAACUCCCAUAUGCCAUCACACUUAGGCAGCUACUACUAGAUGCUUUUCACCUUC